UUAAAAAACUUCUAGUCCCUAUUGCUAAUUGAACAUAAGAACUCUACAGAGAAUAGAAGACUUUUCUUUUGAGCUUUCAUCAAUGGCAGAUGGGUCUCGAUCUCGAUCUGAAACUGAACAACUGAACCAGAGCUCUCAGGAGAGGGUAAGAAACCGCUUUCCUGGUCGUCCCAGAACACUUUCUGGAGAAGAGCCCCAAAGAGAAAGAACUGAACAAGAGCUCCAGCAAAAUGAAAAUAGUGAGGCAGAAAAUACCGAUGAAACCAACGAGACCUUCAACAUUAAUGAGAAUGAUUUCCGCGCAAUCGAAAGCACAGAUGUUGGGAUUCACGAUGCUUACAACGAAGAAGGUGGAGGUGGUGUUGAUGUUCAUCAACCAAGGAGGGGUCGAAACCACAACAUUUGUGGCAAUACAUUUUAUGCAGACAAAGGCCAGCGUGUUGGGAUUAGCAAAGUUGGCAACAAGUACAACAACAAGUCGAGCGUACCAUUUCUUCUUGGUCUUCUUGGUCUUCUUGUUCUUCUAGUUAUUGCUUCUUCUUUUCUCUUUUAUAUAUCAAUGGUGAGUAAGCAAAACAAAAAAUGAAGCAAGCGGCUUGAGUGAAAAAAAUGGCACGAAUGAGAAGAACAAAAAUAAAUAGUUGGCGAAAAACUAGAUCUUAUGGGGCAGGUCAAGACUCUACCACAUGUUAUGGGGCAGGAAAAACUAGAUUUAUGUAUGGACUGGUUUUGUGGCAAUCAAUAAGUCAGAUUUCUUCGUUAUUAGUUCUUUUUCAUGCUCAGAAUAAAGCUUUCGGAUGUUCAUGGCAUUCAAAUGCGGGAAAGUUUCCUCUUCUUGUUUGCGCAAAUUAAUAAUAAAUCCAAAUACACACAGAUUACUGAUUAGGGGUUGAUCCUUCUAUGAUUUUGAUCAAGAGCCACAUCCCUACUUUUACCAAAGCUUAUACCAUGGCUUUGUGCCCGUUCCUUCUUCUUCGCUCGAGCUUCUUGCUUUGUCUUUCCUCGA